GGCAGCUGGCAAGACGUGUCAUCACAAAAGGGCAUCCUUCGUCUUGCUUGACCUUUCCCUCACCUCCGUAUCACCGUCCGUGGGCGCAUCCCUCACAUGUCACACUAAGGUGACUUUGAAGCAGUUUUUUCCACUUUUGCGCACGAUGUCAAAACGGCACAAAGAUGAACAUCGGGGACGCAGCAGCCAAGCGGACCGUCCAGACUGUGUGUGAGGACACACGCACACUGUCAGGUAGUGUUAUGAACACGAGUGGCGUCUCUUAUCUUCAGUGCCGCCACAGCCGUCCGUGUGAUGUGUAGCAGGCUUUCAGGGAUUCAGAUUUGCUCCAGACUGGUCGCUUGUACAAACAGAUGUGGGGAGCGUGGGGCACGCUGGUGGCUAUAAUCGUUUCAAUUCAGCCUGAGAAUCUGGAUUUCUUUAAUUGUCUCCACUGUCUCUCAAUGUCAUAAUGGACAGGUUGCACUCCUCGAUGCGUAAAAGGCUCUACAGUUUGCCACAGCACAUUGGGCACAAAGCAUCCAUAAUGGGCGAAGGAGAAGACGCAGACAAGGACACCCGGAGGAAGAGCAUCAGGAUGAAACCUCUGCCGUCGCCGACCUCAGAGGGAAGCUGCAAAGGCAUUGGGGAGACCAAAAGUGGGGAGUCUGUGAUAAUGGAGACGGACAUAGGCAGACCAAUAAAGACCAGCUCAAACGGAGACUGUCGGAGGUUUCGAGGCAGCCUAUCGUCCAUCACAAGCCGUCAUGUGCACGACUCUCAGUCGGCGGAGGAGAGGCGCCUCAUCACUGAGGGAGAUGUCACCCCAAGCGAGGAGAGCCCCCCCGGAGCUAUCGGUGACGGGCCGCCGGAUCCAGGCGCGCAAGGAGCGAGUUGUGGCGGUGGCACCCUAAACGAAUCCCAGGGCCAGCAGUCGGGGUUUUUAAAGUUAGGAGGCAUCGAUCAAAUUCUGCCUGACGACGAGAGAUUAUAUCAAGCAGGGUUCAUGCACCGACAGUUUGGGGCAAUGCUCCAACCAGGGGUCAACAAGUUUUCCCUGAGGAUGUUUGGAAGUGAGAAGGCGGUGGAAAGGGAACAGGAGCGGGUUAAAUCCGCCGGAUUCUGGAUAAUUCAUCCUUACAGUGAUUUCAGGUUUUAUUGGGACUUGACCAUGCUGCUGCUGAUGGUGGGCAACCUCAUCAUCAUCCCUGUGGGCAUAACGUUCUUCAAGGAUGAGCACACGCCCCCCUGGAUCGUGUUCAACGUGGUGUCUGACACUUUCUUCCUCAUGGACCUAGUCCUUAACUUCAGGACAGGUAUCGUCAAGGAGGACAAUACAGAGAUCAUUCUGGAUCCACAGCAGAUCAAGAUUAAGUACUUGCGCAGCUGGUUUGUGGUGGACUUCAUCUCCUCCAUCCCCGUGGACUACAUCUUCCUCAUUGUGGAGACCCGCAUCGACUCAGAUUUCUACAAGACGGCGCGCGCCUUGCGGAUUGUCCGCUUCACUAAAAUCCUCAGCCUGCUGCGACUGCUCCGGCUCUCGAGACUCAUUCGCUACAUCCAUCAGUGGGAAGAGAUCUUCCACAUGACCUAUGACCUUGCCAGUGCCAUGGUAAGGAUAGUCAACCUGAUCGGUAUGAUGCUGCUUCUGUGUCACUGGGAUGGCUGCCUGCAGUUCCUGGUGCCCAUGCUGCAGGACUUUCCCGCCGACUGUUGGGUGUCCAAAAAUAAGAUGGUGAAUGACACAUGGGGACAGCAGUACUCCUACGCACUUUUCAAAGCUAUGAGCCACAUGCUGUGUAUUGGAUAUGGCAUGUACCCACCCGUGGGCAUGACGGACGUUUGGUUGACCAUCCUCAGCAUGAUUGUGGGUGCUACUUGCUACGCCAUGUUCGUGGGCCACGCCACCGCACUAAUCCAAUCUCUGGACUCAUCUCGACGGCAGUAUCAGGAAAAGUACAAACAGGUGGAGCAGUACAUGUCCUUCCACAAGCUGCCGGCUGACAUGAGGCAGCGAAUCCACGACUACUACGAGCACCGCUACCAGGGCAAGAUGUUCGACGAGGAGAGCAUCCUGGGAGAACUGAACGAGCCGCUGCGAGAGGAAAUCAUCAACUUCAACUGUCGAAAGCUGGUGGCGUCCAUGCCUCUGUUUGCCAACGCCGACCCCAACUUUGUCACCUCCAUGCUCACCAAGCUGAGAUUUGAAGUGUUCCAGCCUGGCGAUUACAUAAUCAGGGAGGGCACUAUUGGCAAGAAAAUGUACUUCAUCCAACAUGGGGUUGUCAGUGUGCUAACCAAAGGCAAUAAAGAGACCAAGCUGUCAGAUGGCUCCUACUUUGGAGAGAUAUGUUUGCUGACCCGAGGCAGAAGGACAGCCAGUGUCCGAGCAGAAACAUACUGUCGACUCUACUCACUGUCUGUCGACAACUUCAAUGAGGUGCUCGAAGAGUAUCCCAUGAUGAGAAGGGCCUUUGAAACUGUUGCACUAGACAGACUGGACCGUAUUGGCAAGAAAAACUCCAUCCUGCAGCAUAAGGUACAGCACGACCUCAGCUCUGGUGUGCUCAACUACCAGGAGAAUGAGAUCAUCCAGCAGAUUGUGCAGCAUGAUCGGGACAUGGCCCACUGUGCCCACCUCAUGCAGAACGCCCCACCACACUCACCUCCCUCGCCUACCCCAGUCAUCUGGGCCCCGCUCAUCCAGGCACCUCUUCAAGCAGCAGCCACCACCACUUCAGUAGCCAUUGCACUGACACACCAUCCCCAGCUCCCACCAACACUCUUUAGGCCCCCAGUUUCUGUUCUGGGGUCCUUGAAGGACCCUCCAAGUCGGUUAAAGAAGUUCCAGACAUUUGUUCCUUCAUCCACAGCACCUGGCUCUGCCGGGGAAUCUCCUUCUAGCACACCCUCAAAACUGCACACUGGGGUGGACAUGCCAUUGCUGGCCUCUUUCCGGGCCCAUCACAUGACAUCACUUUCAGGUGAAACUGGCUCUAGCCAACAGGUUUCAGGUAGUGGAGGACAACAAGGACCUAGUGGAGUUGGGUCUGGGUCCAGUAGUGGAGGGGUGUCUGCCUUCCCCUUUGGACCAUACUCAUCCUCUGGCUCACCCUCAUCUAGUAUGGCACAGCUGCAUCCACAGCCACAGCAUCAACAGCCUUUUCGCUCCAACACACCUCCUCUCUCAAACCUCUUCCGCCAAGGAUCUACAGGUGGAAGCACAGGGUCAGGAAUAAGUGGUGGGACAGUUGGAGCCUGUGGUGGUGCCACAGGGUGGUCUAUAGGUGGAGCGGUUGGAGGUUCAGUGGAGGAAGCCUCUGUAGAAGACACAUCUUGGGUUGGCGAGGACGUUUUAAGUGGAACAACAGAAUUGACUCAAGAUAGGCAUUUAAAUUUUGCAGGAGCUACUGGUGGAUCAGUAGGAGGGAUCUCAGGGGAAUCAAUGGGAGGGAUAUUUGAAGCAUCAUUGGGUGCUGCUUAUGGGAGGUUAGCAGGUGGCACAUCAGGUGGAUCAAUGGGGGGUAUUACAUAUGGUCCAAAGGGAGAUGCUGCCAGAAGAUCAAUGGGAGGGGUUUCCAGGGGACCGAUUGGAAGGAGGGACUCAGUAGCAGGGGCUACUGGAGAAUCACUUGUUUUGGCAAACACGGGAGGGGGAGGAACAUUGGGGAGGCUUUCAGGUGGAUCAGUUGGAGUGGUGAGCAAUCCUAGUGUGUCAAUUGGUAGUGCUUUUGGUGGAUCAACAACUAGCCAUAUAGGAGGAGGUUUGAGUGGGCAAGGAGGAGGUUUGAUGGGAGGACAUAUUGGCAGAGCAGCAGGGGGAGCAAUAGGAAGCAAUGUAGGAGGGUCUGCAUCUUGUGCUGUAGGUGGGGCUUCUGGUGGGAUUACAAGUGGAUUUAUUAGUUCCUCCCGUUGUCAGAGUCCUAUAUCUACUUGCUCGUCCAGCUCUAUGCCUGGGCAACUUUUACAAAGCCAGCCACUUCCUAAGCCUCCUCAGGUGGCUCCUCUGCAGCAGUUUGCUGGGGGAGGCAGGCCUACCAGUGGCUUAAACCUCCUUCAUUCCCCUCCACAAGGCUCACCAUCAUCAAGUAAAAGUCAGUACAGCCAGCAGCCUCCCGAGGGCUCCCCGUCUUCGCUCAGCCAUUUGAGUCUUUCUGGCCUCCAGUCUGGCUUCCUGCCUCACCAGAUAUCACUGGAGAGGUCUGCUCUGGCCUCACUGGCCCAGUAUGGUUCAGCAAAUGCCUCCCCUUGCCUUACCCCAGUGGCUCCCAGCCCUACAGUUCAAAGCCCCGUUGCAGGCAGGACUUUCCACUACAGUGAACCCUCCAGUACCACAGGAUCCCACAGUUCUCUGCUCAUGCCUCAGUCCUCUCUCUCUUCACACCUUCCUAGUCAGCCACACACGACUGGGAGAGAUUCCCCACUGGGUCGCUUUUCAGAUGACCUAAAGCUUUUAUCCAGCUCACAUCCAUCUCUACCCCAGGAGGUGGCUCAAGCCUUAGGACACCAAACUCCUCACCCCUCUGUGGAGACUGGAUAUUACCCCUCACCCUUUUCCUCACCUACUCUUGUGCCCAAACCUUGUAGCUCAGUGCCAGGCCACAUGACUCCUCCGAUCCAGACUCAGGCACCUGGGGCCUCCCCAGCUUUGCCUCCACGAAGGGGCUCUGCUGCUUACUCAUUAGAUCUAGAACCUCAAACUGUCCGCUCUAAACUCCCUUCCAAUUUGUGAGGAUUGAUCACACCCUUCUGUGCUCCUCCAAAAUGAAACACACAAACUAUUUCCAUGUGUGAGCUUUUCUUUGUGUCUUGAGUAUUCACUGUGUUCCACCCCUCAUUUUAACAAAAUCUUAACUUUACUGUGAUUUAAAAGAUAAUUUAUCGGUUAACAUGGAGCUCUAGAGCAGUCUAUGUUUGUUUUCUUUUUCCUCUUUUUUAUUUUUACAUACUGUAUAUAGAUAGAGAUAUAUCUAAAUAAGUUAAACACGGGACUUGGAGGGUGUGACAGAUGUUCUCCAUUUAAAGAACAGUAAUUUUCUUUAUUUCGAUAGUUAUGCCAAAUUCUUCUGGUGAUGUUUAGGAAGAUAAUUUAAUGGACAACACAACAGUACUCUUUUUCUGCAGGAACUUAUGCACUAAUACCUGCAUGUAUAAAGGCUUUGUGUGUUUAAAAAAAAAACAUAUCUAAAUUUUUAGAUAAACAAGCUUCGAGACGGGCAAACUCUUGUCCCAUUUCAUUUAGGAUCACAUAUUGUUGAUCCUUAAAUGUAUCUAUUAGAUUGUACUUGUUUAUCCUCUGUAUACUUUUCUAAAUCUUAUGCGAGAUGGCAAAGAGAUGUUUGGUAACCAAAAAGACUUUUCCUGUGUUCACCUCCUCUCGGCCCAUCAAUCCUUAUUUUAUACAACUUGAGUGUAAUCAUACUGUUUUUUUUAAAGCAGGGCGAGAGGGCUUCAGCAAAGAUGCCCUCCAACUUAAUACUGAGAAGUAACCACAUGUGAGCAGCUGGCUUUGUGCAGAGUCCUCAACCAUGUCCAAACAUGCUCACUUUGUCUUCCAAGCUCAUGCCACUAGUGCAUGUGGAAAGCAUGUGUUGUUUUUCUUCCUGACUGUGCAACUGUUAAUGUGUGAGUGUUGGUGAGAAAAAAGUGCGUGAGUCACUGGGAGAGUCAGAUGCAAGGCAAGACUUUUCCCUGGGUUUUUUAAAAGUACUUGCAUUUUUAACACAAAAACUAGGACUUCCAUUAACUACAGCUUAUCUGUUGAAUUGUGUAGCAUUCAGGCAGUUUAAAAGCUGCCUAAUAGCCCAAACACUCAGUUUUUGGUCACAAGUUAAAACAAUACAUACAAUGCACAUGCUGAAGAAUCACAAAAAUAUUUGAUUUGUGCAUUACUUCACGUACAGUAGCUACAAAAGAGACAGGCUAAUGCUGCAUUUUAGAUGUAUGGGAUGUUGUUGCUAAUGGGAAGUAUUGUGUCCAUGGUAGAUACACUGAAGUCACUGUGCCCCGCGGAUGUAAAGAUACUUCCAUAACUAAAAGAAGUCAUUGCUUCAACAUUUUGUUUGUUCAGACAUAUACAUCAACAGCCAUGUCCAAAGUGUCCUUUAGCAAGACACAGAACCACUACCGACAAAACUGUUAUGAGGCAAUUUACACAUAAGACUCAAUAGGUUGUGAAAAGACACCCCAUUUUACUGCGGCUGUAAUCAAGACCAAGCUCUUUUGUGGUUGCAUUGUUGUACAUGUUUCUUGUUGUUUUUUUGUUUGUCUUUUGCACAUGCAUCAUAGUGUGCAUAAUGUACAUGGAGUAAACAAGCGGUAUGAUUGAUGGCAUUUGGGUGUUAGCAGUCAAAGAUGAAAGAUGAGAUGAGAAAAUGCCCUUUAUGUGUUUAUGCACUGCAUGUGUUUUAAUUCCCGUGAAACUGUCAGAGCUGUCAGAGCUGUCGAAAAACAGCAUGCACAGUAAAAAUGCGCUAUCACUUAUCUCCCAAAGGACAGGAGUAGUGAUAUGCUUCAUGUUCGUCCGUAGCUCAUCACCAAGACAGACCCAGGUUCCACUCAGACAGCUGAGUCCCUAACUCAGUCACAGCACUCAGCUACUGCAGCCUAAUUUAACAAGACAUGUCUGAAAUCCCUUGACCUUAGCAGCUAUCACGUACUCACACACAGAGGUGCACAGUGACCAUGCUGUCCUAUAAUUACAGUUCCCAGAGGUCCCUAUAAUAAGGUAUAGCAAUACCGACAUGACUCUCACCUGCAGACAUGCACAUUUACAGACAUGUACACAACCACGAGAGCCACACAGCGACUGCUCAUGGCCCACAAAGCAAAACAAAACAAAAUGAGACUAUUUAAAAGUUCAAAAAGAGAUUGAUUUUCAACUUUCUUGUUGCGUCCACACCAACCAAUCAAUUACUAUUUCUUACCAAUUUCAUAAUGAACGUUUGGUGAACACAUUAAUCCAUGAAUUGUAAAACUACAAAUGUAACAAUUUUUUUUUACACAUACAAUAUUGUAUUAUUUUUCAUCCAUUUGCAACUCCAGCCACGAUUUGUGUCACCACUCGUCACGUGAAAUGUUACCAACAAGUGACAUAGUGUGAAAUGAUUAAAUAAUUACUUGGCUUAUUACAUAUCAAAUAUCAUUAAUGGGUCCGAGCUUUUAACUUGACACAAAUUACAUUUUCAUGGACUUCUUCACAGACAGAGCAGGCGUUACUAAUGGCCAAAGCAGUGUUGUGUUCACCUCUCCCACGUUUAGCAUCUUGCAUAUAUCGGCAAUAAAUAACUGAAAGGCUCUGAAACAUUCUGCUUGGCCUUGCACCCCAGGACUUUUCCAGACGCAGAGCUUUGCAACAGAAACAACAGAAAGUGAGAAGAGGGAACUGCUGCUCCUUGUCCUCCAAUGGCGUCUGCAUUUUAAACCAUUGUCUUCCUGUACCUGCCAGCUUGGCACCACAUGAAUGCACGUGGACUGUGUCUCACACAUCAGGACAUAUUUUCCCCUCACAGUAUAACUCUGUGUAGAAGCAGAGAACUGACCGAGACAUUUCUGUGAGACAUGGAAGUGAGGGGACAUGUAUGCACAGAGGGAAUGAUGUAAUCGGACACAGGGAGGGAGGGAAGGGAGAGAGACAGACACCCCAUGGGGUGCUCAUGCUGACGGGGUGCUUGUUCCUGGAUGGACUUGUGGUAUGCUGUCCCCUUGUUUAUGAUUGUCCCUGAGUGCUAGUGGGUGCUUGUCACUGCAGUAUUGAUUGGAAGGAUAUGAGGGAAAGCUUUUUGCUAUUUGGCUCGCAGCUAUUGUUUGGGUUUGUCAAUGAGGCUGUGUUUGCCGUGCUGCCAGGCAGGGGGUCGAUGGCUGGGGGUGGGCGCUGUCUUAGGAGGGCUGCGAGGGGAAGCGCAUGCCAGAGUUUAUGAGGAUUGAUUAGUUGUCCUUAACCAAGACUGGUCUGUUAUCACAGAUAAGUGAUUUGGCGUGGCAUGAGUGUGGACAGUAUCAGUUGAAUCUGUCACUAUUGGUUAGAGAGCUGACACAUCCUUUGUGAAACUGGAAUUAUGUAAUAAUCGAUAAGUGGUUUAAUAAUCCUAAGGAUAGUGAAAUUCAGAGUCACUAGAUUUUCACCUGUCAGCAUUUUCUGUCCAACACGGGGAUUUGCUUUGUCUUUGCUUCCAAACCUUUUGGUGCAGCUGCAUCUGUAUUCUAAAUGAAUGUAGGAUCAAAACAGUUUUUUUGAUUGUUGUUUUUUGUCUCUUUGAGGAACCAGAUGGCAAUUAGAUAUGGAGGCUUUAAAACAUUCCCUCUUAUGAAAGAGGCAAAUAAAAUGAGUGUGACUGCUCACAUGAGAAACUAUUUCCAUUAUGUCUCUCUUUGUCACCCACGUAAACAUGGGAAGAAAACGACAUUUUGAGGGGGAUCUCAAAAGCUGCUAGCACUCUGUCCACACACUAUUCCGAAAACAGUUCAGAGGAAAAACUGGGAAACCAUUUUCACGUCUGCUUUUGUUGUAUCCCGUAACGUAUUAUGUCAUUUUUAUUGUCAUAGUUUUGUAAGAAAUGAUUGCUCUGGUGAUAUUUAUUGUAAGGCCAGUGCCAGUUUGACUCCAUAGUGGAGUAGCGUGCAGUAGUUAUAAAGCUGUUUGUCUGGUUUGAGAGCAUACAGUGCUGUGAAGCAACCAGCAGGUUUUGUCUGUUGCUUGUGCGACUCUCUCAUCACGGAGCUUUGAUGGAGCUCCACAUGCACCAUUACCAACCCAUGGUUAUUUCUGUAACGCAGCGUUCUCGGAUGCUUCGUUUGGUGCACUUCCAAUUUCGCCCGCCUAAUCAAAGCACCCCACCCCCCCGCCCCCUUCCCCCCUACUCACACAUGAAUAUGUGUUAGCGAAUCAGCGUUGCACGCUAAUAAAAUCAUUUGCUGUGAUUGAGGAUUAGAUGUAGCGGCGGGCGGAAUCGAACCUGCAAUUUCUCGAGGGAGGCGAAGGCACAUGUGUUUUUCUAAGAACCUUAUUAUUCAUUCAUGGCCACAUCCCUCCCUCCUACCACACCCACAGACGCUCAAUUUAUUUUGUACACAAGCACCGGAAUCAGGUGUUUUCCGUGUAUAACCGUGUACCUCAGAGUGACUGCGUUUGAUUUGAUGAUUGCCAUAUGUAGCAAAAGGUUCUGUUUAUCAUGCAUCUAAUAUAAGUGACCCCGUUUGCUGCCGCUCCAGUGAGAUGGAAUGACAUGACAGUAAUGUUGCGUUGACCACAAAGUGGGCUGUUGGCCAGUGUAACCUGGAUAUGACCCAGCUGUUACGUGCAUGUACUAUAUCACCUAGAGAUCCUUCAGGGUAAGUGUGUUGCAGCUCAUAGACAAGUGUCUCUCUUUGUAGCUGCUAUGGAAUCUCACUCCUUCAUGCUACUUCAUCAAAUCAAAUCUUACUUGCUUCUAUAAUCUAACAAAUAUACAAAUUAGAAUCUUGAAAACACAUCUGGUUUGGAAAAUCCUGUGUUGAUAGUUUGAAAAAAGUCUGUUUAACGAUACUGUCUUUCAUUUGUUGAAAUAUGUAAUAUAAUCCCGGCUAAUCUGAUGUUGGGAAUGUAAUGUCAACAAGGUACUUACCUAUACAGAUUUAUAUAUUUCCAUAGGACCUAUUUAUACUUCUAUAUUUAUUUUAGACUCUUAACAUGUGAUGUCAACACCAUAACAGAUAAUAAUUAGAAAUGCUCACUAAAUUUUGUGUAUGUACAGAGUCCAUGUCCAUAAUUUGUAAGGAAACAUGUCAUUUUCAUUGUGCGAUCUCUCUACUUUGCUGUGGGACAUUUCCAUUACAUGAUGCUACAGAUCAAGACUUUAUACCUGAAUGCUCAACCUUUUUGUUUCAUGAAGGCAGCGACUGGUUCAACACUUCUUACAAGGACAUGCAGCCUUUUAGGGAGGACAAUUUUGAGGACUAUUUUGGCCGCUUUGCAAUCGACCGUUGGAUUUUUAUUUUUUUUUUCUGCAUUUAACACUGGAACUAUGGGAAAAAGCAAUAAGGAAACUGUACAGGUAUGGUGUGACUGGAUGUGUACCUACAGGACAUUGCGCUGAUCAGCAGGACAACCACACCCACACACACACACAUACACACAGAGUAGCCAUGACUCAUGAUUUGUGUGAUGAUGAAAGGAUGAUAAGCACACACACUGGAUGACAUAUUAUGGUAUAGAAUAAAUAUAAUUAACACCUA